CAUAAAAUUUCAUUUAACAAACAAAAGCUUUAGGAAAUAUUAGAUCCAUUUAGUUUAGAUGAAGACUUGACUUGUAUUGAAGUAAUAAUAUCUGACUUACCUUUAUUACAGCACGUAUCUAUUAUACUUCACAUAUUAUCCUUUACUGUUAAUAAGGUUUUGUGUAAGUCCACAUUUUCAAAACGGAAACAAGUGUUACAUUCAGCAAACAGAGUAUAACAUGACGGUAAUUAUAGGACAAUGUUGUGAAUGAAUGCACUGGAAUGGUUGAUGUUAGCAUGAAUUUCUUCCUCUGUUUAACUCGUGUUCGUUAAUGUCAUAGUUGUCACUUUACGUGUAUUAUGAUUUAAGUAAUGACUUUUGAACAUAUGACGGCUUAUAUUGCUGAAUACGAAUCAGUCUGAAUAUAUUAGAUGAUAAUACACAGGAUAAGUAAUGUACAAGUUUCGAUGGUUUUCGAGAAAGUUAUUAUGUAAAAGAUAAUUGGAUUAAAUGAAAUAUUUUCGUGUGUCGAAAAAUUCAAUUACUGUAUGUGUUAGCCAUAAAAAGAGGAAAUACGUUUAACAGAAGAUUAUUGUUUGUAAAUAUGAUAGACAGUUUGACAUGCUGUGUUAAAGUAUAUAUUAGCCGGUUGUUGAUUCAUGGGGGAAAAUAUGCACGUCUUUCGUCAUAAUUUUAAUCUUUUAUGGGCAAUGUUUUUGUAUAAGCAAAAUACAUUAUAGUAAACAAUAAUAUAAUAAGAUAUAUAAACUGAACAAAAAUUCAGUCAAUAUGAGGAAAUUACCACUGAUUUCGACACCGGCUAGCUUUGUAUUUGAGGAAGGUGCAACAGGAAAUAAGACUAAGAUGACAUGGUUCCGAGCUUUCCGUGGCGAUUUUGGUUACUCUAACUACGGAGAUUACCGGACAUCUGUCACAUGGGAUAUUCCAUUCGCCGCAAUAAUAUAUACAUGCAUAUUGAUAUCAUUAGCAGCUAUUAUAGCCGCUGCAGGAAUACGAGGAAAAGAGAGAUGGUACACAUUGGUUCGUCUGGUUUACAGUUUGGCAGUUGGAAGUAUUAUACUAGUAAGUGUUUUCGGAUAUUGUUGGCAACUAGGAGAGGUCGGAGUACACUCACCAUACAUAUACAGAAGUAAUGGACAUAUUAAGGGUUCUUUAGGAGUGAGAAUAGGACUCAAAACUAUCAAUCUUACCUUACAAGGAAAAUUUCAUACAGAUGAAAACUCAUUUAAUUAUAACGAGGAAAUUGAACUAGCUGGAGUAAUUCGCCCUCCUUCACAAACAUGGAACGCACUAGAACGCGGUCUACCACAACCACUACUGUCUAUUAUUGAACAUUUUGAUAUCGAUGCUGGAGGUCUAAGGUUCGGACGUGCUAGUUUCAUGGCGGGUUAUUUUGCUAAUAUUUUACUUUGGGCUGCAUUCGCUUUCUGGGUCACAGGAAACAUUCUUUUGUGUAGUGUUAUAUGGUAUGGUGCAGCGUGCUUUACAUUGACUGGUGUUUGUAUGGUUCUGGCGGCAGUAGUUUAUGAUUACCUUUGUCCACAGUCCGAAAUCAGAAUGCCAUGUUCUGACGGCACUCUUGUGCUCACCUAUGGCUGGUGUUUUUGGUCUACCCUGGUAUUCGGGAUAUUGACUACACUCGUUGGUUUGAUUUUGUUCACCCUCGACCAGAAGGUCCCAAAGAAAUUAGCAGAGUUUUUUCUUCUCGACAAUACACUAGAUGAGAACGAAGAAUAUAAACAAAUACCAGCUACGGCAAAUGGGACAGAUCAGACAUAUUCUCAAAACACACCAGAUACAUCUUUCAGAUGUGUCAACGAGAGGCGCACUUCACAAGGAGCACCUGUAAACUGGUAUGUUAAUUAUGGGUACGAUAGCCAAAGGUCGCACAAAGGCAAUCCAAUAUACAAUGAGCCAGUGCUUGAUACCUCAUUUACUAGAAAUGAGUCUUUUGAUUCCAUACGACCUCGUGCUUUCAGCAACAUCAAGGAGGAAGAUGAUCAGAACGAGACAAAAAGUGAGACAGAUAUAAGAUUUGGGCAGCAGAAUACAGAUGUUCCUUUAACUACUGAUCCGGACAUGAAUUUGGACAGACUUAGUGGAAUAUAUGUUGACGUUGAGCCUAACCAUAAAGGUCUCUCAAUAAAUGGGAAAAGGCAACCAUAUAUAAAAGAGUUGGACGCUAUGAGUGACAACCGAUGAUGAUUAUGUUGACAAAUUGACCAUUGAGAAUUCGGGAAGAUUAGCACAAUCUAAGUUCCACUGACUUGCUUGAAUUCCAUGUUUAACUUGUAUUAUGCUAGAGAAGUAUUUGUCGUGCAAAAAAUGGCAGUUUGAGUCGGCAAACAAGCGUUAAAAUAUGACACAAACGUGUCAUAUUUACAGGUAUAUUAACUGAAAUUCCUGAAUAGUAUCUUUUGAAAUUAGCAUUAUGUUAUCAUGUAUGGUACUAUAAACAGCUGUUUUGAACAAAAGCGUAUCUGUAGCACAUAGACUUAGACAAUAUUUGCUUGUAAAUAUCUUCAUUUUAAGCAAAAGACAUCCACGGAUGAAGGUUUGGUGAAAUAUUAGUUGUAGAGUAGAUAGAACUGUAUGGUUGGGUUUUAAAGCUUAGAGUUUACUGCCAGAAAUCGUGUUAUUAUCAGUUAAGAUAAACCCUGAUCCUUUUAGCAACAACAAAUAUAUUUUUACGAAAAAAAAAGAAGAGAAGAAUAGUAUAGUCUAAAAGAUGUUUCGCAUGAACAUUAGUAAAUAAUGUCACAAUUAUGGUAUCUGAUAUCUAUGAAGAAUGUGUGAGCAAUGAUUGGGACCUUUUUACAUUGUCUUUCUGUCGUCUGGUUGUAACUUAUGUGCUUCUGUCGAACUAUAGAAAUGUUUUGUUAUGAAACAAUUUUAUUAAUACGAGAAACAUUUUGUUAAAUGCCUACAUUGUCUUUCAAUUUUAUGUUUUAUUGAGUGUUCGUUGCAUAAUACAAUGUAGUAUAUGUUUAUUUUGUAUAAUUUUGUGUACCUAUAUGAAUGUUGAAUUGAUUUUAAUGUAAGAAUAAACAUUGUUAUUUUAAAUCAAAGGCAUAAUUUAAAGCACAAAGAUUUUGAUUUUUCAAAACCAAUUCAUUUGAUAUAGAAUUAGAAUAGCAUCUUUCCUACGACGAAUCUUGAACAUUGAUUGAUUGUAUUAUUAGUAAUUUUAAGUAUACAUGUAUGUAUUCUUUGCGUACUCUCAUAGAAUUAGUUCAUUUUUUUAUAUUAAAACAAUGUAAAGCACUUAAUGACUGAUACCUCCAUUUCAGUAACUUUAAAGGACAUUAAUUUAUAUGAUAUAUUAAUUUGUUUACCAAAUAAAUUUUUUAAAAAAGUA